GCUACGUAUGCGUGCUAAAAGGUUGACACCCCACACUGAUAUUGCUUCAGUCUGGACUUGGCUCACACUACAAGCUCUGGCUAAAGGACCAGUUAGCAAACGUAGCAGCCGCUCAGUUUUAGGUUCCCAGAUCCUAUUCACGUCGGGCUAUUGUGUGGAUGGAUAUAAAGCUUUACAUGGGGAGGAGGAGGCCGUAAAACAACGACAUCGCACUUCAGGAGCUACACAGAGGACAUGAUAAUCGAGGAGAGGGCCCGUAUCUGCAUUUUACUGCGCCCACACCGAAUUCAUUGAGUCGGUAACCAGCGUCCGACAUGGGGAAGGAAGUAAAUGGUGUUUCACGGAGCCGGUUUGAGAUGUUCACAAAUAGUGACGAGGCGGUCAUCAAUAAGAAGCUACCCAAGGAGCUGUUACUACGAAUCUUCUCCUUUCUGGAUGUGGUGACACUCUGUCGCUGUGCCCAAGUCUCUCGGUCCUGGAAUGUCCUGGCUUUGGAUGGCAGCAACUGGCAGAGAAUCGACCUCUUUGAUUUUCAGAGGGACAUUGAAGGCCGGGUGGUGGAAAACAUUUCAAAGCGAUGUGGGGGGUUCCUUAGGAAGCUGAGUCUUAGAGGCUGCCUGGGUGUGGGCGACAGCGCCUUAAGGACCUUUGCACAGAACUGCAGGAACAUUGAGCUGCUUAGUCUGAACGGCUGUACCAAGAUCACUGACAGCACAUGUAAUAGCCUCAGUAAGUUCUGUCCAAAGCUGAAGCACCUGGACCUCGCCUCCUGCACUUGCAUCACCAACCUGUCACUUAAAGCUCUCAGUGAGGGCUGUCCUCUGUUAGAGCAGUUAAACAUCUCCUGGUGUGAUCAGGUCACAAAGGACGGCAUCCAGGCUCUGGUACGCUCCUGUCCUGGACUCAAAGGCCUUUUCCUCAAGGGGUGCACCCAGUUAGAAGAUGAGGCCCUGAAGCAUAUUGGGGCUCACUGUCCAGAGUUGGUCACACUUAACUUGCAGACAUGCUCACAGAUCACAGAUGAGGGCCUCAUCACAAUUUGUCGGGGUUGUCACCGCCUGCAGUCUCUGUGUGUGUCGGGUUGUGGCAACAUCACAGAUGCCAUCUUGCAUGCCCUGGGACAGAACUGCCCCCGCCUCAGAAUAUUAGAAGUGGCUCGCUGCUCUCAGCUUACAGAUGUGGGCUUCACUACAUUAGCCAGGAAUUGUCAUGAACUCGAGAAGAUGGAUCUAGAAGAAUGUGUGCAGAUCACAGAUGGAACACUCAUCCAGCUGUCAAUCCACUGCCCUCGCUUGCAAGUCCUGAGUCUGUCUCACUGUGAACUGAUCACCGAUGAUGGCAUCAGGCACCUCGGCAGCGGACCCUGCGCUCACGACUGUCUGGAGGUGAUUGAGCUGGACAACUGCCCUCUUAUCACAGACGCAUCGCUGGAGCACCUAAAGAACUGCCAUAGUCUGGAUCGCAUUGAGCUGUACGACUGCCAGCAAAUCACCCGCGCAGGCAUCAAGAGACUAAGGACUCAUCUGCCUAACAUCAAAGUGCAUGCGUACUUCGCUCCUGUCACUCCACCCCCUUCUGUUGGAGGCAGCCGUCAGAGGUUUUGCCGCUGCUGUGUCCUGCUAUGAUGUAAAGACAACAACCCCCCCUUUCCUGUCCUCUUUCGUCCCUCGAAGCCCAACACUUCCACCCUGAACUGCUGUCCCCCUCCCAUCCUUUGCCACUGGUCUAUAGACUACAGGCUGGUGUGCUGAUGUGAGCUGCAGAGAGAGGAAGAGAGACAAACAACGCUACAGGGUCUUGUGUAACUUUCCCAAUAAACAUUCUCUAAUCUCACCGACUUCAGAUACACAACAGGCUGAUACACAGACACAAUCAACAUUUAGAAGAAUCUCAGCUCUUUCCUAGGCUGGAAGUAAUGGAAACAUCAGUAUUAUGAGAGGGUUACAUGAUCAUCACUUUAAAGGGAUUUAAAUUUCCCUCAAAUGAAGUAUGAAUUAAAGCCAAACUCUUCUGGAGACUUUUUUUUUUUUAAAGAUUUCACUUAACCUCUCAGUUCCCUUGGUGUUGAAGGUCACUGAACAGCUACCUCUAAACAGGAACUGCACAUGAGUAAGUUCAGUGUUUGCUUCUGCAGGCUGUUUAUUAAAAAAAAAAAAAAAAUGUUAAAGGGCAGCAUUGCCAGUUAACUGCCAACACCCCAACACCCACAAAGCAGAAAGCCUUUUUAUUUAGUGUUUUUUUUUUUUUGUUUGUUUUUUUUAAGAAUACUUGCAGCUAUUUGCACUUACAGUAAAACACAGACGAGACACUUUACAAAGAUGACCAUCUCAGAAUUGAAGGCAUUUUACUAGCACCACACACCAGCGCUUGCAGCCGCUGUGCUCUCACCUCUCUCUGUCUCUCUGUUACAAUCAGAGGCUUCAAGUUAUGACGAGAGGAAGGAAAAACAAAAAAACAACAAAAAAAAAAAAACAAAGUUUAAUAUUUUUCUAAAAA